AUGGAGGACUUCAUCCAGAUGAUCCACAAGACCACUUACCGUGGGAUUGAUGCUGCUGCCUCACCUCGCACGCAACGAGGGAAGACAGUGCUAAUCACUGGCGGUGUGAGGGGCAUUGGAUUUGCCAUCGCCCGGGCCUUUGCUGUUGCCAAUGCUAGCACUAUCAUUCUCCUAAGCCGGGGUGGUGAUAAACUCUCCACGGCAGAGGCCAGACUGAAGGGGGAAGUCCCCUCGUUUUCCGGAGUGGUGAUGACCCUUCGAUGUGAUAUCCUCGAUCCGGAGGAGAUCGCUAGUGUCUGGUCUUCAUUGGACGGACGCAGAGUGGAUGUGCUCAUCCUCAAUGCAGCGUACAUGGGGGAAAACCAAGCUGUGCUUCAACACGGCUGGCGUCGAGUGUGGGAACAGUAUGAGGUCAAUGUUCGGGGGAACUUAGCCCUUGUUGAUCUUUUUGUACGACAGGGCAAUACCCAUGACGGACAAAAGAAGUUCCUUGUCAACAUUUCAUCCGACGCUAUCAACAACUAUGCCGUGACGGGGGGCCAGCGCGUGUAUGCGGCAACAAAGGCGUCGUGGACAUGCCUGCUGCAACAUCUGGCAAGCGAAUUCCCAGUCGAUGAGGUCCAAAUCAUCAAUGUCCAUCCAGGUGGAGUCUACACCGAAACUAUCAGCCAGAUGAUGACGAAGGAAGUUUAUGAUUGGGACGAUGAUACACUCCCUGGAAAUUUUGCUGUCUGGGCAGCAACAGAUGAGGCAAGCUUUCUUCAUGGUCGGUACUGCUGGGCAGGAUGGGAUGUACAAGAGCUCAAAGAAGCCCUGAGUAAGGAAGGUCGAUUGGAGUCUCAGGACUUCUUGAAAGUGGGUGUGAUCGGGAUGAGAAUAUAG